ACUUCUCGACUGUAUAUGACAAGGACUUGGGAUUGUGAAGUGCAUACUACUUGCUAUGGAUGUCUGAGCGACUUAGUCUCCUGCAUCUGGCAGCAAAAGCCGAAUGAUGGUGUACAACCUCCUAAUGGAAGGUGUAUUUCGAAUGAAUCACGUGUAGAAAAAACAGCUGUUGUCUUCAAUUCAUCCUGUCCACCACUGGUUCAUGACGUUCACCCGAAUAAAGGACCAAUUAGUGGUGGAACUGUGUUGAAGUUGACUGGCUUGAUGGACAAUCCAGCUCGAUAUGGAAAAAACAGCCAGAAUAAUCGGGUACCAGUCAGUGUCUUUAUUAAUGGUGUGAGAUGCAGUGUCAGUGACGUUACACAGUUUCCUGAAAGACUGGAAUGUAUAACACCCGUGGCACAAACAGCAGGAGCCUUCCGUAUUUCAUUAGAAAUGCACAAUAACGUCACAAAUACUUCCAUUCGGGACAGAUUUCAAACAAUAGUGUCCAAAGGUCGGGCCGACUACCAGCCAGAGUUUGUUUACUUGGAUCCUGUGCUGUUUGAUCGCGGGGUUGUCCAUGGGAGCGUAAAAAUGUCUGGGAAUAUACAACUGACUAUCCGCGGGAAAAAUCUUGACAUUGGCAGUAAGAGACGCGUGCUUAUUGGUAGACAUGAUUGUCUUAUUACUGAAUUUGACAGAAUCGAGGACAAUAAGAUAACAUGUCGUUCUCCGGAACUGAAUGAUACCAGAAAUUACACGAUAGUUUAUGAGGUUGACAAAACUCGAGUGGUUGGUCCAGUGGUAAUCUACACGCCUGAACCUGUAGUCCACGACAUACAACCUAGAUCAUCUAUAGUAAGCGGAGGAUUGACACUGACCAUAUCGGGGGAAAAUCUAGAAGGAUUUAGACAAACUUGUCAGCUGAAUUUGGAAGACAACAACAGCACUGCAAUGAAUGUUAGUUUCUGUGAGAUUGCUUACGAAGCAACUGAUGCCGUUUUAUUGUGUAAAACAACAGCGUUUGACAGUUUGAAUAGCCUCCCAUUUUGGACAGUUCCCACCUUGUUUAAUGUUUAUGGAAAGCUGCGAACGAUCGACCGGCUCCCGGUUCUUAUUGUAGAAGAUCCUGUCAUGGAUCGCGACGACAAAAUCAUCCCGAUCUCAGUAAAUACAAAUGAGACGGAAAUUUACUUUAAGGGGUCAAUGUUGGCAAAUAUUAGCAAACAUGACGUCAGAAUAUCAAUUGGCAUAACUGGGUGCGUUGUUAAUGAAGUACAGGAAGAUGGCAUACUGUGUGAAGUGUUUGAUCUUCUUGUGUCUGCCACAGAUGGGCUAAAGGAAAGAGUCAAGUGUGAAAUAGGGUAUCGGUCCUACGACUUAGGCACAGUUGCAUUCAAGACCAAGCAACAGCCACAUCCAAUAGCCAGUCGCCCUCCUAUUGAAGCUGAGAGCAACUAUGAUAGCGUAGUCGUCGUCGGCGCCGUCAUGUUCUGUGCGCUUGUCAUCGCCGUCGUCGGCAUUGGAAUAAAGAAAAUUAGAAAUAAAAGGCACCGAUCUCUAGAUGAGCCGUACAACGUGCAUUACCGUCGGGACAGCAAUGUUCUCACACUGGACGGCCUGUCAGAGAGCCAUACCUCUGAUGUUAUUCAGAAUAGACAAAAUGAUUACCAAGAGCACAGGAAUCUGAGAGGAGUAGCACAGGAUAAUACGUUUGUUAAAGAAUCUGAACCACUCCUUCCAGUAAUUGACGAAGACACCCGAGCUAUGUUUGCACAGAAGAAUCUUAUUAUUUCAAAUGAAUGCCUUGUUCUGGGAGAAAUAAUAGGACAAGGGCACUUCGGCUGCGUGUAUAAAGGAUAUCUGACUCUUCCAAAUGAGAAGGCGGAGAAAAUUGUUGCUUGUAAAACGCUCCAUCGAAACAAUCCCAAAGACCUAGAUGUGAACAUGUUUUUGAAAGAAGCUUUGAUAAUGAAGGAUUUUCAUCAUAACAAUGUUAUGGAGCUGAUAGGGAUCUGUCUUGGAGUUGACAAACUUCCGCUUGUCGUGCUGCCUUUCAUGAGGAAGGGAGAUGUACUGUCUUACAUCAGGGACGUCAAUAAUCAACCUACAGUGAAGAAGCUGGUAGUGUUUGGAGUAGAUAUUGCAAAUGGAAUGCAUUAUCUCUCGCAACUGAAAUUCAUCCACCGCGACCUAGCUGCAAGAAAUUGCAUGAUCGACGAUAACAUGAGGGUAAAGGUAGCAGAUUUUGGCUUGUCACGUGACGUAUAUGAGAAAGAAUACUACAGUUCUUGUGAUAAAAAGGCGCAACUGCCGGUUAAAUGGAUGAGUCCAGAAAGUCUGGAAUUUGGGCUGUUCACACACAAGUCGGACGUGUGGUCAUUCGGUGUGGUUCUAUGGGAGCUUCUGACCAGGGGUGUGAACCCUUACCCAACAGUAGAUAACUGGGAUAUUCUGAGAUACCUUAAAGAAGGCAGAAGACUGAACAAACCUGACUUUUGUCCUGAUGAAAUGUAUCGCAUUAUGCAACAAUGUUGGAAUUGGGAUCCGGAAGAAAGGCCAUUAUUUGGAGAUCUGACCAUUAAAAUCCCUGAGUUACUCAGGAAACUAGAGAGAGUAUCUGAGAAACGAAAACAACUAGAAACAAGCUACUGAACACAUACUCCUGCAGAUAAUAGUUUUCAUAUAUGCAUGAAAACCUCUAUAUAUUGUACAAAUAUGGGAGCCCUUAUUCCGGCAAAAUUGUCAUUUUUCUUUUCAUUACAUCAUUGGGUCUUGAACAUAUUAAUAAUGUGGUUGAAACUUUAAAACAUGACAACGGACAUUUAUUUAAAUUCACAGAAUAUGUGAGUCUGUCCAUUUGAAUUUUAAAUGUAUAAGUUCAAAAUCAUUUCACAACAUUCUACGUGCAUUUUUGAAAAGGAAAUAUAUUAUUGUUUCAAUAUAUUAGGAAACACACUUUUAUAUUAGAAUUGUUUAUUUUGUUGUUUGUUUUAUUAGAUUUGUAGAUUUUAUUGUUUCUUGAUUUUGCCAACACAGGCUAUGAAUGUAAAUAUAUAUGUACAUUUUAUUUUGUGACGAAAGAAUAUCAUAUGACAGAACUAUUUCUGAAUAUUACACAGAAGGAAAGUCUCCACAGCUUUUAUGAAUAUUUUCUAAAAUAGUGAAAAGUAGAAAUUGAAUAGAAAGUUUACCUACAAAUCUGGAAGACAUUUAUUUCAAAACUUAAACUUAGUUCAAUUUUAGUACAGUCAUUCUGAUUCCUUAAUUCUGUUGUGUAUUUUUCGGUGAAAAUAUAUGAGUGAAAUGUUUUGAUAUCCCUCCAAAACCAUAAGUUUAAAAAAAUGAGUGACAGCUGAAUGUCACAUAGACGUUAUUUAUGAACGUAGGCCUGAUUUCUGUUGAUAUUGUUUUCUUUACAUGAACUGUAUAUAUAACUUAAUAUAUACGAGGACCUCGUAUGAUAUUAGGUAUUUACUGUCAAGCUUGCACAUUUUGAAAACAACAAAGUUUUUAGCUUAACUGAGCACGAAGUGCUCAUAGUCAUGUUUCAGAAUCUAUGGAUGUUCGUCCUCCGUUCGUCCAUCGUUCCCUUAUACAUGUAUCUUUAAAGAACAAGCCCUAAACUACAUUGCCAACUUCAACCAAACUUUAAAGGAGUGAUCCUUUUAUGCCCCCCAUUCAGUUUCCUUUAAAUCUAGGCCAUCCGUGCAGAAUUUCCUUAAAAGUCUUAUCCUCAGAAAUCGCUGGUCCGAUUUCGAAAUAAUUUACAGCAGUGUAUCUUAGGUGACAUUUUAUUAUUUUCAUUCUGUUUAAAAACAUGGCCGCUAGGGCAUGGGGCUUAAUUGCACCAUCUGGCUAUAUGGAAAGCUUUGAAAAGCUCCUCUGGAAGCACCGGGUCAAAAUGAUUUUACUGACUGAAAUAGGUCUUGGGUGACCUUUUACAAAAGUACAUACUAUUUCAAACCUAAUGCAUAGUAUUGUUUAUGUCAAAUAAACGUGUUAAAUUUUA